AGUGCGACAAUGCUCGGGCAGCAUUUUCUCGUACUUAUCAACCAAAUGUUGUCAUAGUUAAAAUACAUUCCAAUCAAUUAGUAUAGUUAUGAAGCGCCAUACUUGUUUCGAUGAUACUUAUCGAGUUUUACGUUAAGUGCAGAGCCCCUACGACGCUACGGAAUUAUGUUUCGAGUUUGUUAUCAAACUAAAAUCUUACAGGUGUGCCUUGUUAUGAUCGAAUUGACGUAAUUGUAAUUACGUUUUGUCGCUCGGUACUGUGAGUUUUCAUGAAAUUUUGCAACAAAAAUGGAGCCCGGAACGUUUACGGUCGUACUGCGUGACUUUAUCACAGUGCAAGAAGGAGAGUUGAGUCUGAAUAAAGGAGAAUACUUUUUGAUUUAUAAAAUUGAAGAUAAACAUUGGUGUUCGGGACAGUCCAAUAACAAAUUUGGCAAAUUUCCUUCCAGUAACUUGAUGAAAGUUGAAUUACCUGCCACAAACGAUGACGAAACAAUAUUUGUCACUAUUGCUCCAUUUUAUAGUAAACAGCCGGGAGAUUUAUCAUUUGCUCCAGGAGAAAUUAUAGUAGGCAAUACAAAAGCUCCGCAUGGCUGGUUUUCUGGAUGCAUUGGACCAAGAAAAGGAAUGUUUCCAGCUAAUCAUGUGUGGCAGCUAGAUUUUAAUGUUAUUCAACGGUUAAACAAAGAAACUCUCAAAAAGAAAAAUUUUGUAAAAAAAGCUAGAGUUAAAGCAAAUCUUGAACCACAACUCGAUGAAGAAUUAAAGUUAGUUGAAGGAGAUAUAGUGAUUGUAACAGAAGUUCUUGAUGAUGGCUGGUGCAGGGGUCGUACAGAUUAUGGUAGAGUUGGAAUUUUUCCAGAAAGUUUUAUUACUUACUUAGAUGAUGAAAAUGAUGACCAAAUAGAUGCAAAUUUAGAUUAUAAUAAUUUUAAUACUCAUUCAAUUUCUCCAAUUACUGCUAACUACUUGGAUAAUUUUAAGGAAGAUAAUAUGAAUACCAUCAGUCAAGAUGUUUGCGAUGAUGCACCUAUUAGUUAUGAUGAAUUAUUCCCAGAUUCUAAACCAAAAUAUGAUGAUUAUUGUAAUAAUGUGCCUCAUCAAUCUAGUUCAGAACCUCAUGCUAUUACAUUAUUUCCAUUUGUAGCUCAAUUUCCAAAUGAACUAAGUUUUGAAGCAGGACAAGAAGUAAAAUUAAUUAAGCAUGUGGAUAAUCAUUGGACAGAAGGUGAAAUAGAUAAUGUAAGGGGAAUUUUUCCUGUGUCUUAUGUUAACAUUAUCAUAGACUGUGUUGAUUCGCAAACUGAAAAAUCAAAUGAAGAAUCUAAUGAAAUAUCAAAUGAAGAAAGUAAUCAAAUCCAAGAUUUUCUUAAGCCUAAUGAUUUUGUAAAAGUUGAAUUCAAGUUUGAUGCUCAAAUGGAUGGAGAUUUGAGUGUAUCUGAAGGGGAAAUUUUGACUGUUGUUGAAAUGGUUAAUGCUGAUUGGGUCACUGUAAAAAAUAAUGCUCAACAAACAGGAUUAUGUCCUAGGAGUUAUUUAACAGUUUGUGAAAACUUAGAUAAUGAAGAACACAAUAGCACUCUGGAAGAUUUUGUUGUAAUCAGAAACAAAGAUGAUCCUAACUCUGAUAAAGUGAGACAUGAAAUCCAAAGUUUGUCUGAACCUCAUCGGCCAGCACCUCCUGCCCCUUCUCCAGGCAGAUCACCAUUAAAAACCUCUAGCAAUCAAUCAUUAGAUUCGAUAGAUAAAAAAAAUUGUGAAUCUAUAGACAAAAAAAGAGAAGACCAAAGAAAACAUGUUAUUUCAGAAUUAUUUAUUACAGAAAAAGAUUUUCUUAGGGAUAUGAAAAUAACUUUUGAAACAUUUAAUUUGCACAGACCUUCAUUCCUAGAGUCAAGAGGUAUUGAUGUAAUGACUUUAUUUGGGAAUAUCAAUGAAAUUAUUCAGGUUUCGGAAGAAUUGUUAAAUUCAUUACAAGUAGCAUUAAAUGUCAAAGAUGAAUAUAAACAAACUAUCGGAGAAAGUUUUCUAAACAUUGCUGAAAAAAUGAAAACUGUGUAUGGAAAAUAUUGUAACAAUUACGAAUCAGCAUUGGUGCUACUGCAAAAAUAUGAAGAAAACAAAGACAUUAUGAGGAUUUUUGACAAAGCGGUUGAAACAUUAAAAAUGCAAAUAAUAUGCUUUGAUGUAAAUUCAAUUUUAAUCAAACCAGUCCAAAGAGUUCUGAAGUAUCCAUUAAUUUUAAAUGAACUGUUCAAGUGCACAGAUGAUCAUCAUCCUGAUAAACCAACGAUUCAAGAAGCAGCAACUGCCAUGACAGCUGUUGCUACACAUAUUAAUGAAUACAAAAGGAAAAGAGAAAUAUCUUCCAAAUAUUUAAAUUCCAACAGUACCAUAAUCGGCAGAAUGGCGAAUCUUAAUAUGCAUACUUUGUCGAAAAAAUCUUCGAGAUUAGGCGCAAAAUUAUCAGCUACCCUUGGUUUGACCAAUUUACAAGCAGAUUCCGAAUUCGAAGAUUUGGUUAAGGACUUUAUGUCGUUAGAGAAAAACACGAAACAACUACUCAAAGACGUCGAGCUUUGCAUUUCAAAUUUGGAUAACGAAAGUUUCUGUAGUAAUGUACUUGUCGAACAAUUGCAUCAGUACUUCACGGGCUCUUGCUGCAACGAAAUUUUGCAACUUCUCGAAGUUGGAAACAUUACGAGAUCCAAUUAUCUACCAGACUUUAAAAAAUCAGUUGAACAGCGGGUUAUACUUCCACUGAAUAAUCUGAUACCCCUUCUGUCUGGUCCUGAAUUAUUGAUCCAAAAGAGGCACGACAAAAUGCUCGAUUAUGACACUGAGAUAUCGAGGAGUGAAAAAACCAAAGAAAGAGGAAGUAUGACAGAAGAUCUUAUGAAUGCUAAAAGUAAUUUUGAGGCAUUAAAUCAACAAUUGUUAGAAGAGCUUCCUAUAUUUAUUAAAUACUCUACUGUGAUUCUUAACAAGUGCAUACACGCAUUUGCUUAUGCCUUCAAAGUUUAUAAUGCCAAAAUAAUGAAAAAUUACUUAGUUGUCAUGGAGGCGACUUCUCCAGUUUUAGAAGAAAACAUUCAAGAAAAUUUCUUCGUGUAUCACACUUUAUUGUACAAUCAAAUUAAUCGACUAUGCUACGGAGGUACCAAUGCUCGACUCGGUGAAAUCGAAAACAGAGACAGCCUGUGCUGCAUGCAAUCCCCGAUGGACAAGGAGGCCGUCAGGCAAAAAUAUCCUCCGAACAAAGUCUACGUCGUGACUCAAUCCGUCAACGGCGCCACGUCGCACGAUUUGUCCGUAACCAGAGGUACCCUGGUCGGAGUGAUAAAGACUCAGGAUCCAAUGGGCAACACGUCGAAGUGGUUCGUCGAUAACGGCGCGAGUAAAGGAUUCGUAGACUAUCAGUAUCUGAAAAUCAGCGAGGAGGUGGCAAAUUUCAAGGAAGAAAAUACUAAUAAUUGCGCGGUAUCUCCGGUAUCCUCGGAGAAGGACAAAGAUUCGAUUUACUUAAUGUCGCUAGAUUCUCCGGAAAAGAAAUCGAACUAUAGUGUUUCCAGGUACCUUAAUUUAGAUGAUAAUUUUGUUGAGGCUGAAAGUGAGAAUAUUUAUCAGAAUAUUUCUAAUGAAUUUGUUUACGCGCUUUAUGACUUUAAUAAUCCAAAUCUUCAGGGAACCCUCUCUAUUACCGAGGGUCAAGCGCUGAAAGUGAUAAAGAAGCACGAUCACAAAAACAACGAUCAGUGGUGGCUGGUCGAGGAUCGCCAGGGAAACAAAGGAUACGUUCCUCACAAUUACGUCGGGAAGAAAGAAUUUUAAUGAAAAAAGUGUCUUAUUAGCUUGAGCUUUAAUGUGCUUCUUGUUUUUAAUUGUAAAAAUUUAUUCGUGUAAAAUAUUUUUAUUAUAUUUAUUGUUUUUUAUUUUACUUUAUACAGACGAAACGUGCACUGCAAUAUACAAAAAAGAAAAGAUUUAUAAAUACAGAUUAUAAUAAACGAGAUAUUUUAUAAA